UCAUAUAAAUAAGUUUUUUUACUGUUUAAUGUGAUUUAAGUUCAAAAAUAAUUAGUAUUCCUUAAAAAUAUAAAAUAGGCAUGUAGCAAAAUGGGUUUCUCUGAGGAUACAUGUGUGAUUCUUGCUUCUCAGCUCCUGUUUUUCGUGGGAGCCUGGCUAUUUUUUGUUAAGCAGCUAUUUAAAGAUUAUGAAGUACGACAUAUUUUUAUACAGUUUAUAUUUUCUUUCACGUUAACUUUGUCUUGUACCAUGUUCGAAUUAAUAAUAUUUGAAAUUUUGGGUUGGAUGGAAUCUAGUUCUAGACAUUUUUAUUGGAAUUUAAUUUUAUAUCUUCUCUUAUUUGUUGUAAUAGUUUUAAAUCCAUUUUAUAUUGCAUAUUGUUCUAUAAGCAAUAUUGGGUUUGUGAAAAAUGAAUAUAAAAAACAGUUAACUGUUAUUGUUUGGUGUAUAUUUAUGGUAAUUUUCUGGAAAAUUGGAGAACCGUUUCCUAUAUUAAAUCCAAAGCAGGGGAUUCUUUGCAUAGAGCAGUUAGUAUCUCGAAUAGGUGUCAUUGGCGUUACUGUAAUGGCAAUAUUAUCCGGAUUUGGUGCUGUAAAUUAUCCAUAUACAUCUAUGGCUUACUUCAUGAGAGAAGUUUCACCAAUGGAUGUAGCAAACAGUGAGAAAAGACUGAUGCAAACUAUGGACAUGAUAGUGAUGAAAAAGAAACGAGUUGCAAUAGCUGAGAAGCAAAUGCUUCAGUCCAGAAUGUCACAUAGCUUAUCAAAUCAGAAAAGUAUAUGGAGCAUGUUUUCAGCUGUAACAGGGAAUAAAAACAGAGAAAAUAUAUCACAGUUAAAAUUUGAAAUAGAAGGACUUGAGGAACUGAGUAGGCAAUUAUUUUUAGAAACUCAUGAGAAUAGGAACAUGUUGGAAAGGAUAGAAUGGUCUAAAACUUGGAAAGGAAAAUAUUUUAAUUUCUUGGGAUACUUUUUCUCCCUGUAUUGUAUGUGGAAGAUAUUUAUUUGCACCAUUAACAUAGUGUUUGACAGGGUGGGUAAAAAGGACCCUGUAACUCGAGGUAUCGAAAUAGCGGUACAUUGGAUGGGUCUUAAUAUUGAUGUAGGCUUUUGGUCUCAACAAGUUUCCUUUUGUUUGGUUGGCUGUAUUGUGGUUACAUCUAUUCGAGGUUUACUCCUGACAUUAACGAAGUUCUUCAACAAGAUAUCAUCCAGUAAAAGUUCCAAUAUUAUAGUAUUGGUUUUGGCGCAGAUAAUGGGGAUGUAUUUUGUUUCAUCAGUGCUCUUAAUGAGAAUGAAUAUGCCACCUGAGUAUAGAGUCAUAAUCACUCAAGUUCUAGGCGAUUUACAAUUUAAUUUUUAUCAUCGAUGGUUCGAUGUUAUAUUUCUGGUCAGUGCCCUUACGAGUAUCGCUACCAUUUACAUAGCACACAAACAACCAGUUUAUGACCAAAUGUAAUGUUUAAAGCUAUUGUAUUAAUAUUUAUUAUCCCUCGAGACCCUAUUAUUCCAUUUUGUACUAAACUAUGCAUUUAAUAAUGAAUCGUUUAUUAUUCA